AUGAAGGCAGCACGAUACUACGGCCAUCACGAUAUUCGCGUAGAAGAAGUUGAAGAGCCUCAGCCCCGAGAAGGUCAGGUUGUUGUCGAUGUCGAAUGGUGUGGUAUAUGCGGAUCCGAUCUACACGAGUACCUCAUAGGACCUACGACAUUGCUGCCGACUAAAGAUAGACCAUCGCCGGAUGGAGUCUAUGUUCCCGUCACUCUCGGCCACGAGCUCUGUGGUCGAGUAAGGUCUUCAGUACCUGGAUCGAAAUUGAAAGCAGGCGAUCCGGUGAUGGUCGAUCCUCGCGUGACAUGUCACGCAUGUCUACCUUGCAAAUCCGGCCGGUCAUACUGCUGCCAGACACUGGGCUAUGUCGGCGGCAACACAGGAUUUGGAGGGUACGGUGAGGUUGUCGUUGUCGAUGAGACGAGCCUGCAUGUCCUUCCACCAGAGAUCCCGUUGGAGUAUGCGGCUAUCAUCGAACCACUUGCGGUCACUUACCAUGCAGUCAAAGUUUCCGGCAUCACAGAAUGGAAGGAUCGAGAUGUGCUCGUGGUUGGUGGAGGCCCAAUCGGAUUCGCACUGCUUUUGGUCCUCAAAGCAGUCGGCGCUAAUCGAGUAAUCGUUUCUGAACCCGCAGCAGCGAGAAGGGAGCAAGUGGCGGAUCUUGCUUCUGCCACAAUAAAUCCUAUCGAAGAAGACGUGGCUCAGCGUGUCCAGGAGCUGACAGCUGGCCGUGGCGCCGAAGUGGUGUUUGAUUGUGCCGGCGUGCCCGUAGGAUUGGAAAGUGCUAUGAAUGCCAUUCGUCAUGAAGGGUUGUACGUUAUGGUCGCGGUCUGGGAGAAGCCAAUGACGAUUCCAUGCACACUGUUCCUGGCCAAGCAUAUUACGAUGAAAGGCACUUUGAUCUUCGCCGAUGGAGACUUUGAGGGGGUUAUGGACCUGAUGGCAAGUGGAAGGCUUGCUGGGUACGAGCGAUUGGUGACAGCUCGAAUUGGGCUUGACGACAUUGUCCAGAAGGGAUUCGAAGAGCUGGUCAAUCGAAAAGACGAGCAUAUCAAGAUCCUCGUGAAACCAAGAUAG